AUGCCACCUCAGUUCGGGAAUUCAACUUCAUGGCGAAAGAAGCGCCAGACACGCGGGUCUCUUGUGGACAUCAAGAGAAAAGCCAAGGCCGACCGCGAACGGUUCCGCCGCGGUAAGCGGGGGGUCUACAAGCGUUUAAAUGACCUCUACCUUGACGGUCUAGAUACGGGCCGUGAAGUUCGCAUAUAUACACUUUUCAUGCGGAAACCAAAGGGAUGUCGCGGUACAAUCCAAUACUCAACCUACAACUCUCACCCCCACGAAAAAUGGGUCCCGUCUGCUGAGAAAGUGGUGAGUCCUAUGCUUUUAUUCGAAUAG